GGUCAAACAAUCGUGACUUUAUAGGCCUACGAGCGCCUCGACGGAUCCGCGGUGUCAGAGAGGGAACGAGAGCACAUGAGAAAAAGCGGGUGGAGUAGACCGAAUCAGACGUUACAGCAGUCGUAAUAUAUCAACGGUGCGCAAAUAUGCAAGCAAAUGAUGGCCUGGAUUUCGAGGGAAGGGCACACGUGAGAGUCGAAGGAGUGUCUAGGGUGGCAGCGGAUGCUCAAGACCGACGUGAGGGGCCACAAAGCCCUGGUAUGACGACAGGGCGCCUCGGGACGGUCGUGAAGAUUCCAAGUUUGGAAAGAACGGGAAUGUACGCGAUCACAUGGCUCACCGAUGGCUGGCGUUGUGCGGCUCAACAAGGUCAGAGCACGGGACGAGGCCACGCUGGGGUCAACCCACCGCAUAUGCAUUGACGCCCAGUGGAGAUAGAGUUACAUGAACGGCUCGAGGGCGCCAGCACAAACUCUAACGUUUCCUCGCCUCCACCACACGGCGCGAAGGUGCUGAAGCUUGACUGUGAUCCUCCCUAGUCGGCCUCCUUUGCGAUCUCCGAAGCGACAGGAAACGUAGGCUUGCCUGCCUUGUUACGCACCUUAUCCGAAACUGGCAGCGUGAUCUAUCGCGCAAGGUAGAUGCCAGGAGUCGCUAAUCGAUCGGGAGAGAUGAUGGCCGUGUGUGGACCGCGCCUUAGAGAUGCGGAGAAAAUCAAUAACAUUGUACCAGCUUUGCCUGUUUUGAAGUAAUGCCUGUCGACAACUGGACAUCGUUCAACGUCG